GGGCCAUUGGAUGGUCCUAAUUGAUGCUGCAAAAGGAUCUGCAACACAACCACCGGAUUUGUCACUUUAUCCUGCAGAUUUUGUGGUACUCUCGUUUUAUAAGCUAUUUGGAUAUCCAACUGGUCUUGGUGCUCUUGUUCUCCGGAAUGAUGCGGCCAAGUUACUGAAAAAGGCUUAUUUCAGUGGAGGUACAGUUGCUGCCUCAAUUGCCGAUAUUGACUUUGUUAAAAGAAGAAAAGGUGUGGAGCUUUUUGAGGAUGGUACGAGUUCAUUCCUGAGCAUUGCAUCUAUCCGUCAUGGAUUCAAAAUACUCAAUUCCCUAACUGCAUCUGCGAUCUUCCGGCAUACAGCAUCACUUGCAAUAUAUGUGAAGAAAAAGCUCUUACUUUUGAGGCAUGCAAAUGGAGCCAGUGUCUGCACAGUUUAUGGAAGCCAAACUUUGAAGGUUUCUAGUCAUGAAUCUGGUCCCAUAGUCUCUUUCAACCUGAAAAGACCUGAUGGUUCUUGGUUUGGAUACCGGGAGGUUGAAAAAUUGGCAUCCCUAUCUGGAAUUCAGCUACGGGAUGCUUUUGUAAUCCUGGUGCAUGCGCAAAAUAUCUUGGCUUGUCCCAUUCAGAUCUUCUUUCAAAUAUAGAGGCUGGGCAUAUUUGCUGGGAUGACAACGAUAUACUGCAUGGAAAACCAACUGGAGCUGUUAGAGUAUCAUUUGGUUACAUGUCCACAUAUGAGGAUGCCAAGAAUUUUAUGGAUUUUGUAAGACGCUCCUUUGUAUCAAUUCCAAGUGGGCAUGGAAAUGGGUAUCCGUUGGCAGCCAGGUCCAUUCCUUUUCACUGUGAAGGCAUUGAAAGGCAUGUAGCAAGUUCUAGUUACUACCUCAAGUCCAUCAUCAUCUACCCAAUAAAAUCAUGUGGAGGAUUCAGUGUGGAAAGCUGGCCUCUAAGCAGUACAGGUUUCAAACAUGAUCGAGAGUGGCUUCUCAAAAGCCUGACUGGUGAAAUUCUUACACAGAAGAAGGUUCUUGAAAUGUCCCUUAUCAGUACCUUUAUUGACCUCAAUAAGGAAAUAAUGUUUGUGAAGUCACCACACUGCAAAACAAAGUUGCUGAUCAAACUAAACUCAAAUUCCAAUCAAUACAGGAGUAACGGAACAGAAGAAAUUUAUUUACAUGGUCAAAGAUAUGAUGCACAAUGCUAUGGACAUGAUAUCAACCAAUGGUUUAGUGAUGCUGUUGGCCAUCCUUGCAUUUUGUUACGAUCUUGUCAUUCCCAGAAUUGCUUCUCUUUGAGGAGGAACCAUAUGGGCUGUUGCAGAGAUGUGGACAGCACACUGAGUUUUGCCAAUGAAGCUCAGUUCUUACUAGUUUCUGAGGAGAGUGUGUCUGACCUCAACAACAGAAUAAGUUCAAACACUCAAAAGAGGACUCAUGGAGCACAAACUCAAGUCAGUGCCAUGAGAUUUCGGCCAAACCUCAUCAUAUCUGGAGGCAAACCUUAUGCUGAAGAUGGAUGGAGAAAACUUAAGAUUGGGAACUUCGAUUUUACUUCUAUAGGGGGAUGCAACCGUUGCCAGAUGAUCAACAUUUCCCAUCAAGGAGAGAAAGUAUGGAAAGCAAAUGAGCCUCUGGCAACUCUAGCAUCAUACAGGAGAGUAAAGGGGAAGAUUCUCUUUGGGAUAUUGCUGAGAUAUGACUUGGAAAAGAAGGUUGAGCUAGAUCAAUAUUCGUUGCUUAAAGUGGGGGAAGAAGUACAUCCAGAUUUGGUAUAGAGAUAAACAGAGAAAAUUCCAUAUGCAAAGUUGAGAGGGACUGAAGGUUUUGUUGAGAAGGACUUACAUGAAGGGUUGCAAAACUCCCAAACAGAAAGAUACUCGUAGGUACACAAUAAGACAAGGACCAGAAGCCUUCAAAAUGUUUUUGUUAUUUACACAUGCUCUAACUAGAAAAAGUAGGAGCACUUUUAAGGGGAAUCAUUUUUGGUCCAACCCUAGUUUAUACAGUGGAAGAAACUGUUCUAACCUAUAAGCUAGGUGGAAUAAACACUUGAGGAGCGCUAUUUGCACUCGACAUGGGCCUGAGUGCACAGGCACUCAUCUGCCAAUUGGUUUCCAUUUUUUUCUUUGUUCUUUUAAACUUUUUAAUUUAAAAAAUAACACCCUGGCCAAUUAAGGCCGAGUGCCUUUGUGUCCUCUUUCUCAUAGGUCUCCAGUUUGGGGUGGCAUGAAGGAAUUUAAAAAAGAGAAGGGGAAACCCAAAAUUGUAUGCACUAUUUUUAAUAUACCUCAAUUGGAUUGGUUAUGGUUGUAUUUUCAACUAGGCUUAUAUCAUCUACACAAAUGUUAAUUUUGGUUGGAUUUUGUUCUCUAUCUGCUGUUGGAAAGGCACAAGGCAAUGAUAAAGUCAUUGCGCCUGUUAAGUUUUAGCAAGAAUAACAUUGUUAUUGUCAA